AUGUCCAUCAGGGGGCCCCAGAAGGACCCCCAGAACAACAGCAGCCAGGGGGCCCCCCAGCAGCCCCCCCAGACAGAUGCUGCAGCGGCAGCGGGGGGCCCCCAUGUAAACCCUGCGCCAGCAGGAGCACCAGCAGCGCAGCAGCAGCAGCAGCAGCAGCAACAGGCGACACCCCAUGCAGCAGCAGCAGCAGCAGCAGCAGCAGCAACAGCAGCAGCAGCGCCUGAGGGUAAUGCUUUUACUAGAGCUGCUUCAUCAGCCUUCUCUUUUCUUUUUAAAGGGGGAGGCAGCGAGGCCCCACCGAAGCCUGUACAGCCCCAGCCGCCAGCAGCAACGCAUGCAAGGGCCCCCCGCAUGCAUGCAGGGUACCGACCCCCGGAGGGGCCCCCUCUUCAUGGGGGGCUCCCAGAGGGGCCCCCUUACUAUGGGGGCCCCCAACCAGAGAUUCAGCAGCCAGCGGCAGCAGCAGCAACGGGGUCACACAGCCAGUUCUACAGGUCUCUGCAGCAGGAUCAGCAGCAGCAGCAGCAGCAACAGCAGCAGUAUCAGCAAAACCAACAACCGCAUCAGCUGCAGCAACGGUCACUGCCGCAGCAGCAGCAGCAGCAGCAGCAGGAGCAGCAGCAGCAAAAGCAGCACAGUUGGGGCCAUUCUGGAGGGGCCCCCGCAGAGGGGCCCCCUUACUAUGGGGGCCCCCAACCAGAGAUUCAGCAGCCAGCGCAUGCAGCAGCAACGGGGUCACAUAGCCAGUUCUACAGGUCUCUGCAGCAGGAUCAGCAGCAGCAGCAGCAGCAGCAGCAGCAGUAUCAGCAGCAGCAACAACCGCAUCAGCUGCAGCAACGGUCACUGCAGCAGCAGCAGCAGCAGGAGCAGCAGCAGCAAAAGCAGCACAGUUGGGGCCAUUCUGGAGGGGCCCCACUGGGUGCUUUCUACUCCGAUCCAACUGCUGCUGCUGCUGCUGCUGCUGCUGCUGCUGCACGUGGGGGCCCCCACGACGAGCUAGAGCUGCUGCAGCACGCGCUGCAUGCGGCAAAUAUCAAUACCCCCAGGGGCUCCUUUGGGGGCCCCCCGGGGGCCCCCCCUGGGGGCCCCCCCGGGGGGCCCCCUGGGGGGGCCAUUGGAGGGGCCCUUGGGGGGGCCCCCGGGGGCCCCCCUGGGGUCGCCAUGGAGGGAAAACUUGGGGGGCCCCCCGGGGGGGCCCCCCUUGGGGGCCCCCCUGGGGGGGCCCCUGGGGGGGCCCCCGGGGGCCCCCCGUUGGGUGGAGGGUUUGAUUUGUGUGUGUUUGUGGAUUGUGCUGAGAAGAAGGCUGAGGAGGUGGAGGGUUUUUAUUUUGUGUGUCGCAGCAGCGCGCUGCAGCAGCAAAAGGAGACGCUGCAGCAGCUGAUAGAUGCUGCAGCAGAAGAAGCAGGGAUGCAGCAGGAGGCUGCUGCUCUGCGUGAGGUGCAGCAGCAGCUGCUGCAGCAGCAGGAAGAAGCGGUGGGGUGUGAGGAUUUUGCUGCUGCAGCAGCAGCAGAUGAGCAGCUGCAGCAGACAGCUGAGAAGCUGAGUUGUGUGCAGCUGCGGUCUCUCCACUUGAAGCAGCAGCAGCAGCAGCUGCUGCAGCAGCUUGCGGAUAUAACAGAUGGGUUGCUGCAGCAGCUGCAGCAGCUGCAGCAGCAAGCAACAGGGGAGCAGCAGCAGCUGCAGCAGCAGCUGCAGCAGCAGCUGCAGCAGCAAACAGAACUGCAGCAACAGAUGCGUGCUGAGGCAGAGGAGCGGCUGCAGCAGCUGAAAGAAGACGCUGCUGCAUUUGAAGCAGAAGCAGAAGCAGCAGCAGCAGCAGCAGCAGCAGCAGCAGAAAAUAUGAAGGCAGCAAAACAAGAAGAAGAGGAUACACUGCUGGACCUGCAGCAGCAACGCUUGGCCCUAGAGAAGCAGCUGCAGGAGACGCAGCAGCAGCUGCAGCAGCUAGAUAUUAAAACAGCAGCAGAAAAAGAAAGAAUAGAAAGAGGAAUUGAAGGCGAGGGAGCAGCAGCAGCUGCUGCAGCAGCAGCAGCAGCAAACGUCAGUGGAGAUAGAGCAGGUGAUGCAGCAACUGCAGCAGCAGCAGCAGCAGCAGCAACAAAGCAACAGCAGCAGCAGCAGCAACAGCAGCAGCAGCAGCAACAGCAGCAGCAGCAGCAGCAGCAGCAGCAGCAGCAGCAGCUUAUAUUAUUAUUUUUUUUUUUGUGUAUUGCUGCAGAUAAACCAGCAACUGCAGCAAAUAGAAAAAGAAGAAGAGAAAAAAAAUAA